AUGUCUGCGUUGCCCUCUCAGUUCAAACUGCCUGACCUCCUCUCCACCUGCCCGUUGAAGGACGGCACCAAUCCCGCCUACAAGAAAGCGGCCGCAGAGUCACGAGCAUGGAUCGGCAGCUACAAUAUGUUCGCCGACAGAAAGCGCGCUUUCUUUAUUCAGGGACAGAACGAGCUCCUUUGCUCCCAUGUCUACUGCUAUGCGGGUUAUGAACAGCUCCGUACUACCUGCGACUUCGUGAAUCUCCUGUUUGUUGUUGACGAGGUCAGCGAUGAACAAAGCGGUGAAGACGCACGGGCGACGGGCCAAGUUUUCGUGAACGCCAUGAAAUACGCUGAUUGGCACGAUGGCUCAAAACUCGCGAAGCUCACUAAAGACUUCCGUGUGCGCUUCCUACGCCUGGCCGGACCCAAAAAUGUUGCCCGAUUUGUUGCCCUCUGCGAAAGUUACACUGCAUGCGUCGGCAAAGAGGCCGAAUUGCGCGAAAGCGGUCAAGUCCUCGGCGUCAAAGAAUUUAUCCCCUUACGGCGGCAAAACAGCGCAGUCUUGCUCUGCUUCUCUCUUGUGGAGUACAUUCUCGGCAUCGACCUCGACGAUGAGGUUUACCGGGAUGAGAACUUUUUGAACGCCUACUGGGCGGCUUGUGACCACGUCUGCUGGGCGAAUGACGUCUACUCCUACGACAUGGAGCAGUCCAAGGGGCUGAGCAACAACAACAUCGUCACCGUACUCAUGGAAGAAAACCACACCUCGCUGCAAGACACCUCCGAUUACAUUGGAGAGAAGUGCGCAGAGUUUGUGCAAAUUUAUUUGACCUCCAAAAAGCGUCUCUCGCCAUCCCUCGGUCCUGAUGCAGCCCUUUUCCUCGAAUCGAUAGGGUCGUGGAUGGUUGGUAACCUUGCGUGGAGUUUCGAGACUUCCCGCUACUUCGGUUCUCGUCACCUCGAGGUGAAAGAGACAGGAAUCGUCAUUCUUCGCCCACGAGAACUUCCAGAAGACGGCAGUUCUUCUGACUCGGAUGAAGAGUAA